UUCCACAUGACCAUGGGCCUCAAACGCAUGCCAGAAGAAAACUGGCUCCUCCUCGACAACCGCUACCUCCCCGAACAAACCCUCCGCCGCGUCCUCCUCACCAACAACCGCGACGGCGUAUACCAACAACUCCCCGGCCCCCACAUCCACGCCGCCUGCGUCGAGACGCUCGAAUGCGUGGUCGCUUUCCUGACGAAGCGGUAUCCCCACCUCUUCUUCCUCGUCCCAGAGAAAGAAAACGGGGAGGGGCAAUACAUCCACAAUGCCCUCACCCACCUCAGCUUCAAGAUCAACGAGCCCUUCAACGAACCGCCCUUAAUCAUAGCCGCGCAACUCGCAAUGGAAGACAUCAACAUCCUGCUCCCCGGCACCGGCUCCCAAGACCCAGACCAAUACUACCUCGUCGCGAGCUUCACCAUGGCGCCCGCGGGCUGGUACCUGCAGCAGCGCAUCGGCUGGCCGCUGUACAAGCUCCACCUCCCCGUCCUCCUGUGGGGCGCGAAACUCCGCAGACCGGUCGAGAGCUUCUUCCGCAGGCUCAAGGUGUCCGAGCCCGUGGAGCGGUAUAACUGGUUCAUCCAGACGAACGACGUGCUGUUCCAGCAGGAGCCGUUUGCGGUGGAGCGCCCGCAGGCGUUGGGGGUUGGGAAUGUGAGGGUGCGGCAUGAGCGGCAGACGCUGCGGAGGCUGCCGAGGACGCACGCGGUCGUGUUUAUGGUGCGGACGUAUUUGACGGCGUUGCAGGAGUUGGAGGGGGAGGUGGGGAGUGUGAGGGAGUUGCUGGGGGCGGUGGAGGCGUUGCCACAGGGGGUGGCGCGGUAUAAGGCGAGGCAGGUUUGGGGGGAGGUGGUGGUGGGGUGGUGU